CUCACCUCCCAUUUGCUGACUGCCUUCAUCAGUACAGACAAGCCUGCACCAGAAGUACAUCUCAGCAGAGCACAAGGCAAAGGAAAUUUAAAUCAAAAUCCAAUAAUCUGAACAAUGGAUCCCAGCCAGUCUUUUAAUCAGCCUCCAGGGGCCUGGAAUUCAUCUGAAAAAUCAGCGAUGUUGUAUCCUUCAGCACCACCACCAUACCAGGCCAAUCCUGCUGGAUAUCCUCCCUCCUUUCCAAGCCAGCCAUUCCCCCAAGGCCCCUAUGCCCAGGGGCCGUAUCCAGGACAGCCUGUGGUUGCUGUACAGCCUGCAGUUUUUGUGACCGCCGCUCCACUGGCUAGUCAAGUGCCAGAUUACUUGGGUUACUCUAUUUUUACCAUGCUGUGCUGCUUUUGGCCUCUGGGUAUUGCUGCACUUAUUUUCUCCUGCUCUACUCGAAAUGCCAACUUCUCAGGACAGCGAGAAUUAGCAGGGAAGAACUCCAAAACGGCGCUCAACCUGAAUCAUGCUGCCCUUGGUACUGGCCUUAUUAUCAUUGUACUGCUCAUUAUUGUCAAUAUUGUGUUUUGAGUUGACAAAAUUCUCUGCAUUGUAAACGCUGUUUGCUCAACGUGUCAUUAUAGCCUACUUACAACAAAUGCUUUAAGGCAGAUUAUUGUAUGUUUAGACUUUUUUGUGCAUCUGUGCUGAUUUGAGCUUUUUUACAUAAUGUUUUAUUAUGUAAGUACAUGUACUGACAUAAAAUAUAUUCACUGACUAUAUCUUUCAAAUGACUGUACAUGAAUUAUUUUCUUACUCAAACACAACCACUAUUAAAACUCUUUAUGUACACAUAAUUUUGUCAGAACUGUUAAACUUAAGUUCAGAACCUCAAACAAACAAAUGGCUAAAUAUCUAUGCAUUUGCACAGUAAUAAAAAAUGAAAUACUUUCAAAA